AUGUCACCAAGCCGAGCCACUCUAGAGUUCGAAGCUGAACUGGCGACUGUAUUAGAGGAGAGUAAGGCGACUUUCGAGGAGGAGGAGAGGAAACGGCAGAGGAGACUCCUACCAGAACGGAAGGCCUGUGGUCUUCCUAAGGAGUCCAAGAUGUUGACUAGAAGUUUAACGCAGACCUUCACUGAACUCGGGAGGGAAAAUGCAAAUCCUCGACGGCAAAGCAGAAUCGUGAAAGAUGCGGAAAUCUCUUUGAUGGCAUUAGUCGUCAAGAGAAGGGAGAGGAGGAAGUCCGUCAACUUGGGCCUAUUCUGA